CGUCGUUUUGUUUGCUGCACAGCACUUUCGGGUUUUUGUUUUCUUCGUUGUUUUUAAGUCCUUGUCAAAUGUAACACUACACUUAAACUUAGACCAUUUCCAAUCGCUAACAAAUCUUAGAUUUGAGCAAAUAUUUCUGCCUGCUGCACACGCGCAACAACCAAACGAAUUUCCUCAAGGACUUCUAGGACUGCACAACGAAGGCAAACAGAGACAACAACAAAAUGUCCGUCGCAGGCUUAAGACAGAGCCUAUUGCUCUGGAGCGUUGACUACUGGAAUCUGGAAGCUGUUAUGGCGGACAAUGUGUUCAAGUCGCACGAUAUUGGGUUACGCGCUCAAAAGAAAAUACUCUCACGCAUGGCAACGAAAAAUAUUGCGAAAACCUUUAUUGACGGCACAACGGCCUCGCUGCUGGAUAAUCUGUACAGGCUGUGCAAGCUGCAUACGGGCAAUAAGGCGCGCGCCGAGAAACUGAUUAAAAAUAUUAUCAAAAUUGUUAUUAAAAUUGGUGUGCUGCAUCGCAAUAACCAGUUUAGCGCGGAGGAGCUGCAAAAUGCGGAGAAUUUCAAGCGUAAAUUUCAGAACACACAAUUGUCCAUCAUAUCGUUCUACGAGGUGGACUUCACCUUCGAUCUGGCCUAUCUGCAAAAGUCGAUACAGGAGUCGCGUGUGGCGCUCAAAUCGAUUGUGCAGCCGCAUUUGACGGACAAGUCCAUUGGCCGCAUCGACGAGGUGUUCGAUUUCUUUGGCGAUGCGGGCCUGCUGGAGCUGGCAUUCAAACCGGAUUCGCCAUAUCGCGAGGUGAUGGGCAAAAUUGUCGCUGACAUUAACUCGGCCAUGGAAACGGGCGACAUAUGAGCAGCAGAGGCAAACUGCAA